AUGACGCCAAAAAGAAAACAGUUGCCAUUGACACCUGAAAAAAAAAAUGAAAUCCUUGAGAUAAUAGACAUAGUUGAUCUGAACACAGGUAACCUUUACAGUGUCAUAGCAGAAGCGUAUGGUAUUUCAAUUUCUACCGUCGCCAGUAUAAAAGCAAGGGCAGCAGAGAUAAAACAAUCUCUCCAGAAAAACUCACCGGCUCCUACAAGUUCCAAAAAACAUUUAAAAAUGACACACAAUACGGAUUUAAAAAGAGUUCUUUACCAGUGGUACAAACGAUGUAAAGAUAAUAAUGUAGAAAUAACAGGACUACAGUUACGCAAAAAAGCUCUCGAGCUUAAUGAAAAAUUAAACGGAAAUUCUGCAUUUAAGGCUAGUCACGGCUGGAUGUCAAACUUUAAAGCACGUAACCAUAUCACUGUUGAGGAAACCAGAGGAGAUUUUCCAACCCCAAAUAAAGCUGCAGUGGAUAACUUCAAAACUGCGUUUACAACAUUUCUGCAAAACGAGGGGUGCACAUUGGAGAAUGUUUACAAUGCCCAUUACACACCAAUAGUGUGGAAAGCAGUACCAGAAGAAAUUUUGAUUUUUCAGCGUGUGAAAUUGGAAUCAGACCAAGAAGAGUGCGAAGAUCACAUUAAUACACUUUUUUGUGCAAAUGCUAGCGGAUGUCACAAGUUGCCGGUACUAAUAAUCAGCAGUAUUGCGGAAACUCAAAGAUUUUACAAUUUCAAUACAGAUGCCUUCUCAACUACCUACAGAUCAAACAGCAAUACUUGGAUAGACAGUACCAUCUUUAAUCAGUGGUUCGAAAAACAUUUCUUAAAAUUAGUUAAAGAGAAACAACUGAAGAACGGGCACAGGGAGAAAACGUUGUUGUUACUAGGUAAUGUUCGCUCGCAUCACGAUCUGGAGGAACUAAAUAAGGAAGAUGAAUUCGUUACAGUCAAGAGCUUUCCAUGUGACGUUAGACCACUCAUAGAACCAAUGGAUCAUGGAAUAAUCGCAUGUUUCAAGCGAAAGUACAGAAAAGAAUUGGUGGAAACAUUUAUGCCAUUAACUAUCUACAAUACGGAGAACAAAGUGAUACACCUCCAUGAAGAAUUAAACAUAUGGGAUUUCUGCCGCAUUGUACAUGCUGCUUGGUCAUAUGUCGACGAUGCAAUAAUGAUAAAUACGUGGAAAUUUCUUUUAAAGGAUGAAAUCAAACGAAGUGUGGAAAACUUAGAAAUAAUAAAAAAAGACGUAGAUGAAACAGUUGCAUUGCUCCAGACAUUACCAAGAUGCAAAGGGUGCAACAGAAUCGACGUGAUAAACUGGUUUCAAAUUGACGAUAGAAAUGAUAUACUCAGGACGAUAUGUACCGACGAAGUUCUUCACGAUUUUAGAAACAAUACUCUGGAUGAAGUGAACAUAGAUAUUGUCGACGAUGAAGCUAGGCCUUCUCAUUGA